GUACUUGAAGCCUGGGGCCCCUUUCGCUCUCGAAAUCCUCAAAAUUCUUGCCUAAAAUCUCAUUUCACCUCUAACCACCACCCUAAUUCAUCAUUCUCUGUACUCCUAUUGUUCACAACCCAACAUUCCCGCCCGGCCAUUGGGCCAACAGAACCAUGGUGUUCUCUUCAGAGAUAGCGUUUCUUUCGCCAUCGACAUCAUAUGCACAGCCUAGUUCUGAUAUACACUCUUAUAGAGACCUCCUUAUACCCUCUACGCUACUCAUGACAUCCCCUGCAUGCGCUUCCAGUCUGAGUAGUCAGGCUUCCUGGCUAGAUAGCGGUCCCUCUGAAGAGGAUGAUCUGCUUCUCUGUAGCCGUAUAGAACCAGUUACUGCUUAUGAAGCAUUAUCCUAUUGUUGGGGUCCCAAGCUUGAUUGCACACGACAACGAUAUUCGGACGAAUACGUCCUGGCCCUCGUCAAGAGUGGUAUAGUCCGCAUCGGACUGUACGAAAAUGCCAACUUGGACCACGAAUUGGGACAGAGCGUUUCCCCCCAUAUCAAAGACAAAGAUCCAAGUACAUUUGAUGACGACCCCGGAUCAUUGCUUCGCCAAUAUUUCGAUCAGAAUAUUCUUGUCAAGGAUGACAAGCCGAGCUUCCCUGAUUUUGGACGAAACGACCAGAAAGACAACAUGGGUGGAGAAAUCAUCGAUGAUCUUGAGACCUUGUUCGACAAUAUAUACCCUAUAUCUUUAUCAAUCACAUCAUUCGCCUCGAAGUUGUUCGUCGCCUGGAUGCUGUGGACUGUAGCAUGGUACACGACAAUGGUCGCCAUUCUGGUUUAUGUUGACAGUCUCGAUCUGCCUCCUUCUCAUCGCAAUCAAGACUACCUCUUGCUAUUGGAAUAUUCGACUCCUCUCUGCGGAAUCUUUUUUUGGGUCCUUUGCCCAAAGUUUUCCACCAUGGCAUACGGGUCGUUCGUUGCGCUGGCGAAUUGGGACACCUUCAUCAACCUUGCGACAUGCUUGCCUUUCGGGUUGUGGAUCUAUGUCUGGACCAAAUAUCUCGUGUUGAACCGUUCCCUCAGUUACUGCCGUCAAGCGUACAGCAAUGAUAUGUCUAUGUCUUUCAAACAAAAACAAGCAACAGCUUCGAGCAUUCUUGAUUUUGCUUUCAGAUGUUUCCUAAACUGCGGCGCGGCUGUGCCUACGAUUGGGGUCUUUCUGAGAAAGGCAUGGCCUACCAUGCCGGAUAGUCAAGCCUUCGAAGAAUUCCAAGGGCCAUCGAUUUCUGGCAUUCUUGAGUCUGGGUAUCGGCAUGUCCGUUUCUACAGGCCAAUUAAUAAGAGAUCCUCCCAAUCCGGGGAGAGAAAGGAGUUCGCAAGAACGACAACCUGGGACUUGCCUCAUAUCACUAUUCAGAUGCCAGUAUACAAGGAAAACUUUGGGAAAGUCAUCACCCCCACGGUGAAAUCACUGAAACUUGCAAUGGCAAGAUAUGAGCGAUCUGGUGGGACUUCUUCUAUCUUCGUGAAGAAUGAUGGAAUGUCUUUGGCCAAGCUUGAGUUAUCGGAACGAGAUCGUUUCAGUGUCAACAUGGAACAACUAUCAAUGGGGACAUCAGAAGACGAUGUUCAUGACAAGAGCCAUGAACAUCGUCUUCUUACUCCUCUGUUGAUUAUGAUUUCGUCUCCACGACUGAACCUUUCAGCUGGUACCCAAUUGCUGAGUCAUUUGGGUGCGAGAUGGCUGAGAGUGUUCGAAAACUUCAAGCCGGCCUUGACUUUGAGGAUCAUGUUGGUACCAACAUGAUCCAACCCACAAUGACCUCAGUAUAUUGUCUUUAAACUGCUGAAUUUAGCACCCACACCACUCUCACCAACCUUCGUGCUAAGUUACCUCAAACUUCUUGCCGAUCGCCCAACCAACCCAAAGCUUUCGAGUCCAAGGACUCCACAACAUCAUGGAUUACCAAGCCUACAUCGACCCAAACAUGCUAAACCAAACCAACGAAGUCGAGGCGAAUGAAUUGUCAU